AUGCAGGUUUGUCCAAUCGGUGAUUGGGGAAGGAAAUACAACGCGCGUGCACGUUGUGGAGCAAAGAGAGCCGAAAGUGGAGACGGCGCAUCUUGUAUUAAUUCGUUGAACAAGUACAUCGUAAAGUCUUCGAAAUGUCUGAGGAAAAGCCAAAGGAGGGAGUGAAAACUGAAAACGACCACAUCAAUCUGAAAGUAGCAGGGCAGGACGGGUCGGUGGUCCAGUUCAAGAUUAAACGACACACACCUCUGAGUAAAUUAAUGAAGGCAUACUGUGAACGACAGGGCUUGUCGAUAAGGCAAAUUCGAUUUAGGUUUGACGGCCAGCCAAUCAACGAGACGGACACGCCAGCACAGCUCGAGAUGGAAGAUGAGGAUACGAUCGACGUUUUUCAGCAGCAGACCGGAGGGCUAUGCUAAAGGCCCCCCGCAUGCCCGCCAGGCCUCCGCUUUGUUGAGCUAUUUUAAUUUCACGUCUCAUUAUGAUGCUCUUUCAAUGUUAAUGUAUUUUUUUUAUUUCUUUUAAUUUUUGGUUCAAUUUUUGUUUUUUUGGUUUUGCCUAAAUAAGGAAUAAAGUAUGCAUUUUAUUUCCCCACCCACCCCCCUUUCUUUGUGUGCGAGAACGGGGGUUGCUGGUCAGCUAAGGCUGUGUUGCCAAUGUGUUGCCAUCUGGGUCCCAGGUUAAAGGCUGGCAUGGAUUGGUCACUGCGCCUAACUUAUGCUACCUCCAUGGUGCCGGUGAUCAUAAUUGAUUUUUGUCGUCCCCCCCAUAAAAAGAAAACUAUGGGCAAAGUUUUAUGUUGCUUGUCCACACACAAAGCAUCUGGUUAAAUGGUCAGGUUAUAUGUGGACACUAUUGCCAUUUUGGUUGCGUGUGUGUGUUUUGUUUUGUUUUCCUCCAUGUCUAUCCACACCAUCAGAAAACAAAGCGGCAGUGAGGAAUGUUUCCUCAGGCACACGAGAGGCGCCUGGAGAUUCACUCUUAGAGCAUCUACGGCUUCUGUUGCGCGCUGUGUUCUUCACUCUCCUAAGUCUUUCAGUGUAUUGAGUUUCUCAUCAUUUGGACGCUUUUGUUAAUGCAGAAGAGCAUCAUCUUUCAGUAUUCUGUGUGUCUCCAUCUGACAUCUAUUCACUUUUAUUCAGGGAGGGGAAGGGGGUGGGGGGUAUAACAGAACGAUGUGUUCUCCGACCCCUCGUCUUUACGAGGCAGAUGAUUUGCUACAUAUUCAAUGCUACCACAUCACAGCAUGUGGACCAAACACACACACACACACACACACACACGGAGGGUACACUGAUGCAUAAGAAUAUUGGAUAAUUAAUGAAGAAUAGUCGUCUGCUUUUUUCAGAAAGGACUUCCUUUUUAAAUUGUGUUGUACGGCGUUAUUUUUCUUGUUGCUUUCAUUUUUUUGUGCUCCUGUCGUUUUGGCUAGGAGUAGGGUAAUGGACAUUGUAAGACCAAAUUUUGCUCUCAGUCCCCCAUCAUCUUAGUCUUUGCAAUACAAUAAACGAAAAAGUCUGCUUUCAUCGUCCGCUUUGCUUUUCAUCAUGGACUGACAAACCUGAAUUGGGGGGGGGGUUGAUCAUUAUUGCUAUUUUAAUCCUGCCAUGUGUAUCUUCCAGCCUCUGGGUAAAUGUAUUAUGUAUUACUAGCUCGUUUGCCUAAGAUCAGAAUGAGUGAAGUGGCUGGAACACACAUGGCAGGAUGUUUAGACUGAAUCUGAAAUGUCCACACAUUCACAGCACAGUGCACCAAAUGGGGAACAAAAUAACAAUGUGCACCUUUUACAUGGUGCACUAAUUGGUGAACUCGUGGAUGUUUGGACGCACCCUUGCUCUCUGAACCGGGGAUGUCUGCCUCUUGCUUUUCAUCAUGCUUCCUUAGCCAGGCUCAUCAGCCCCAGCCCUGCCAUUUUCAUCACUAGUCAUAUGGCCAUCAUUUGUCCCCACGUGUAGUUUCCCAACCAGGCUGUCUAAGAAGGGGUGAAGAGAGGGAUUUUUGGGAAAUGGCUUUGUCCACAACUGGUCAUGUUUCUGUACUGAUUUGUACAUUAUUUGUUGUCCUUUUACUACUGUACACAAUAAAUAUAGUUUGGUACUCAGA